CGGAAGUGAAAGUUGGUUGGGGUCAAGACGUGGCGCAAGAUGGCGGCCUGCAGUAAAGGAGGAGCGUAGAGCCGACAAACGGCUUCUCUGCUAUAAAUAGACCAUGUACAGUGUGUCAUGUAGGCUGUUCUCAGGUCGGUUGGCUCUGUGUGUUUUCGAGUCUCCUCAAGAAAUAACUAUCAUAAAACAACUUCCAAAAGUCAUUGUCCAACAUUAUAGACCAGGAAAUGGGGAAUGGCUCCAGUUUCGGACUUUUUACCUUCCUAAAUGCCAGUAUGUAACCAAAGUUGACAAAGGAUUGCACCAACGUGCAAAGCCUCAGGCUGAUCUCCCAUCAUCACCUUUUCCAGAGAAGCCGCCUCAUACUAAUGAUGUUAUUGUACAAUCAGUUCAGCAAGUUCCUACAAUUACACCAUGUCCGUCCAGUCUUCAUGGGGUCGAAGAACAAAUGUCAGGGAAAGCAACAAUGGAGGAGGUCUCAGAGGAUAAGGGGACUUCCCAAGACAUUGGGAAAGGCAAACAGUGGAAGGAAAUGAAAGUGCAACUAUCAGAUCUACCAGAGAUCUAUGCAAAACUAUCUAAAAUAAAACUCACAGCUUUAGUUGUAACAACUGCGACUGCUGGAUUUGCAAUGGCACCUGUACCCUUCGACCUUAGCUGUUUCCUUCUCACCACUGUUGGAACAGGGCUUGCUUCCUGUGCUGCCAACUCCAUUAACCAGUUCUUUGAGGUGCCCUUUGACUCAAACAUGAAUAGGACAAAAAACCGGCCCCUUGUCAGAGGGCGGAUUAGUCCUCUCCACGCUGUGUCCUUUGCACUUGCCUGCAGUGUGUCUGGUACAGCAAUACUGGGACUUGGAGCUAACCCACUGACUGGAGCACUGGGUGCCUUUAAUAUUUUCCUCUACACCUGCUGCUACACCCCAUUGAAACGGUUGAGUAUUCUCAAUACCUGGGUAGGCUCUGUGGUCGGCGCUAUUCCUCCAGUCAUGGGCUGGACAGCAGCAACUGGCAGCUUCGGUGCAGGUGCCUUGUUAUUGGGUGGCAUUUUGUACUCCUGGCAGUUUCCACACUUCAAUGCUUUAAGCUGGAACCUUAGGGAAGAUUAUUCACGAGGUGGCUACCGUAUGAUGUCUGUCACACACCCAGGGCUCUGUAAACGGGUGGCAUUUCGCCACUGCCUCGGUCUUAUUGGACUUUCAACACUCUGUUCUGUCUUUGAUGUUACCACGUGGAAUUUUCCCCUCAUUUCACUCCCAAUCAACCUGUAUAUCAGCUACCUCGGCUAUCGGUUUUACAGGGACUCCAGCCGCAGCAGUGCUCGCAAACUUUUUUUCUGUAGCCUCUGGCAUCUUCCGAUGUUGUUACUUCUCAUGCUGACCUGCAAGAAAUCAGUAGUUGGAAGUGAGGGUAAUAUCCAUCACAAAGUUCAAACAGAAAUGCAAAUUUAAUGUUCAUUUUUAUUAUGAAUUUUUUUAGGAGGUAGCUACGGUUAUUUCUGUGCUAUUUGCUACUGUCCCAUGAAGUGGGAUAGUGUAAUUUCUGUUGCUAGAAAUUGUAUAUUACUGUUGUAUCUUGUCUGGUAAUGUUAAAUGCAAACAGGUCUCUUCAUUUCCUUCUGAAUAGGAUCAGCCCUCAGCCCUCACCCCUCAAGCGUCCCUCACUUUACCAUUCAGUUGUAAUCUGGUGGGAUUGCAUCUUAACUCUGUUUAAACCACAUAAUCCCUUCAACUAUAAGAAAUAAGAGCUCUCCGUCACUCAUUAAGAACUCCAUGAUGCUAACAUUUUAAUCUUUAUCAUAAUAGCUCAAAUAAUCCUAGUAUUCGCAGUUUUUGAGAAUUCCAGAUAUCUACUACCCUUUCUGUGGUCAUAAAUGUGUAACAAUUUCUUCCCUCAGUAGUUUUGUUCUUUCAUUCUUCAUUUACAGUUAAUGAAAUAGCUUGACUAUAUCUACCCCAUCAAAUCUUUUGACUCUUUAAAUCCCUCAAGGUACUCAAAGGAAUAUGAGCAAAGUUUGUCCACCUGUCUUCACUUAAUGUUCAGGCUUGUCCUACAUAUCACUCAUUGUGUUAAUGAGAUCAUGUUGUGAUGUCCAUUGGUAUAAUAUGCCCUUUAAUCUGCUAUAUCCAUGGAUCCCUUAACUCUCAAUAUGAGCAUUAAGCAAUAACAAAUUAAACUUUUACCAAAUGCGUGUGAACACAAGGGAAAGUUCUGUAGAGGUGGCCAGAAUUUCAGGAAGGAUCAUUGGAUAGCAAUUUGCACAACUACUGGGUGAUCAUGAAAUUAAUAAGAAAUGUAUCAUUUAAUUGUGUUCUUUGGCUGAAAAUAAAAUAAGUUUUCUGUU